AUGGUGUACGUACUUUACGCCUAUAAACCUGGCACAACCAUUGCACUGGUUGCCGCUGCAUCAUUUGGAGCGAGUGCCAUAUAUCAUCUCAUAACUAUGUUCCGAAAGAAAACCUACUUUUACACAGCCAUGGUAGUCGGAGGUUUCAUGAUGACUGCCGGUUAUGUCUUUCGAUAUCUGUCGGCAAAAGAUACUUCUUCCAUAAUGCUCUACUCUGGUCAAUCUCUCCUCAUUAUCCUUCCACCUUCUCUCUACGCAGCAACCAUUUACAUGAUAUACGGCCGGAUCGUCUUAUUCGUCAAUGCACCAUCUGCAUCCGUGAUCUCUCCCAAAAACGUCACUAAAGUGUUCGUUGGUGGAGAUGUCGUAUCUUUUCUCAUGCAAUCUGGCGGGGGUGGUAUGAUGGCAACGGCCAGCAUGAGUUCAACUGGCGAAAAGAUGAUCGUUGGCGGCCUUCUCGUACAACUUCUUUUCUUCAGUAUCUUCCUCGUCAUCGCCAUUACUUUCGAACGUCGCAUGCGCUCACAUCCAAGAUUUUUCGAUAUCCCAGCUAAUGGAAAAAAACAUUGGCAUAAAUUGCUCAUGCUUUUAUUCGCAGCCGCGGUCUUGAUCAUUGUCAGAUGUGUAUACAGAGUCAUUGAGUUCUCACAAGGGUCGACAGGGACACUGAUGAGUCACGAGUAUUAUAUGUAUAUCAUGGAUACAGCACAGAUGUUGAUUGUGCAGUGUAUGUUUCACUUUGUACAUGCAGGAGAUGUUUUUCAAGAUGGGGUGGAUCCAAAGAAAGUUGCGUUGAUGGGUGAUAACUAUAUUGGAUUGAGCGAGGUAUAGGGAAGGAAAAGAUUAUAUGAAAAUUUAGGAUGGAUAAAGGAUUUCAUUUGUUGUCGGGUCGAAUUAGGGGUUGGAAUAUCUCUUCUUCGUGGGCAGGUAUAACCCAAGGAUGGGGGGGAGGGCGCUCUCGAGUUUCUUUUGUCGGAUAUAGUACUGAAAAAAACGAUCAGCUUAGCUCAUUUCUGAUGGAGUUAAUGGUGAUUCAAGCAUUGUACAUGAGCAGUAUAGGGAUAACCUAUGGAACAUUGGAGGAUAAGAACACAAUAAUUAUUUUUAUCAACGUUAUACCAUACCUACUUUCUGUUUAAGCGCAAUAUUUGUCCACGAUUGAGAAUACUACUCACUCGUGAUCUCGAUUUUGUCAAUCACUGUGCAAGUGCAGAAAAGGCUGUCUAUCACGUGUAUGCCAUCGCUUAGCUCCGUGUCGGGCUAUUUAUCCU